UCACCUCCACAGUCCUCACGCAUACAAACAAUCCAUCCAAAACCAACAUGAAUGCGACGUUGCCCAUUCAGUAGCUUCUUGACACGUUGCGAGAAGCGUGUGUAAGGAUGAACAAUGGAUCGCGAAGCAGGAAAUCAUAACCAAUGCCUCCACGGGAAUGACGAAGCUUCCGACAAGUCGACGAACUCAGUGAGUCCCUCCUCCUCCUAGUCGUAGAGAGAGAGAGAGAGGGGGCUUUUGUAGACUUGGUAAGAUCUCUCUAUUGAAUCAUUGAUACGCGUCGAGACGUGAAAAGCUGUCUGCAAUUGUAGCUCACAAACGCUCGCUUUUUAGGGCAAUUUCUCUUUCUUUUUUGGCGGGAAACAGAUCUCCUCUUCAUUCUGUCUCUUAUCCAAGAUCAAUACGAACGACUCGCUCUAUACAAUUCUACACGGAUAUAUGUACAUACAGUUUCUCUAGAAUUCUAUUAGAGAGAGGAGAGGGGGGAGCGUAUGGGGAUGCCGGAGAAUACGAAGGGGUUGAUCCUGGCAAUGGCGUCAAGCGCGUUUAUUGGUGCGAGUUUCAUUCUGAAGAAGAAAGGCCUUAAGCGAGCUGGGGCUAACGGUACACGCGCAGACUUGGUCAAUGAAGAUGACAAAAAAAGAGGCUAAUAUUCUUUCCACAAAGCGUAUUGACAUUUUUGGUGCUAACCAGUAGGGUAAAUAUUCGCCUCUUGUGUAAAAAGGGGUUGGAGGCCAUACCUACCUACUAGAGCCUCUUUGGUGGGCAGGCAUGUUGACUAUGAUUGUGGGAGAGAUUGCAAAUUUUGUGGCUUAUGUUUAUGCCCCUGCAGUUUUAGUGACCCCACUUGGUGCAUUAAGUAUAAUUGUCAGUGCUGUUUUGGCACACUUCUUGUUGAAGGAACGUAUACGGAAAAUGGGUAUUGUUGGAUGUGUCUCUUGCAUCGUGGGAUCAGUAGUGAUUGUAAUCCACGCACCUCAAGAACAUACUCCGAAUUCUGUGCAAGAAAUCUGGACCCUAGCAACUCAACCAGCCUUUCUAAUAUAUGUAGCAGCUGCAAUGUCAAUAGUGUUGGCUUUAAUUUUACAUUUUGAGGCUCGCUAUGGGCAGACAAACAUAUUGAUCUACUUGGCUGUCUGUUCGUUUAUGGGUUCACUUACGGUUGUAAGCAUAAAGGCAGUCGGAAUUGCAAUAAAGCUAACAUUGGAGGGAAUAAGCCAGAUAACUUAUCCUCAGACGUGGUUUUUUGUUACUGUUGUGGCAAUCUGCGUCAUUACACAGUUGAAUUAUCUGAACAAGGCACUGGAUACUUUCAAUGCAGCUAUUGUUUCUCCUGUGUAUUAUGUAAUGUUUACAACUCUUACCAUCAUUGCCAGUGCCAUAAUGUUUAAGGAUUGGUCCGGCCAGAAUGCAAGCAGCAUUGCCUCUGAGAUAAGUGGAUUCAUCACUGUGAUUUGUGGAACAAUCAUACUUCACGCAACAAGAGAACAGGAACAAGCUCCAGCACCAGGAUCUCCAACUUGGUAUGUUGGUGGAAGUUCUACGAAGGGUGUUGAAGAUGAAUAUCUAAUUAAUCUACGCAGUUCAGAUUAUUUGGUGCAGUGAAGUCUUUCUUUUGAAUUGAUGCGAGAAGAAUCUGAUCCUCUAUCAAUCAAGCUCUGGUCGAGGCCGGCAGGCAUAGUCUUUGCAGAGCAAAGAGGAGCUUGAUUUUGGGCCAAAAUUUGGUGUAUCAAUUGGUUUUGCUGGUGGGUUUUUUACGUGUAGCUUCUGUGACAGGAAGUAUGCACUUAUGAAUGCAUCGUCAUCCGCUUGAAUUGCAGGAUAAUCUCAACACAGUAGGGUCGGAGAGCUGUACAAAAACCAGGGCAGAGAAAGUAGUGAUCUCAUUGCAUGUACCAUGAGUCAUUCUUUUGUAUAUACAUAUUUUUCUGUUCUUUUGAUAUAGUAUUAAGAGUCCUCGUUUCAUUUUCUCCUUUGGAGUAUGGGUACUUCGUUUUCUUGUUGAAGAUGUGUAAAUCCAUUGUUUCACUGUUGAUAGAUCUCGAUGAGUGAUUUUUCGA